AAGACUGAUGGUGCAUUAGAAAAAUCAAAUUAAUUACUUGAAAUUUUAAACUAUAGGUGUCAUGUGUUAUAUUUUAAUCGCUAUUGUUGUGUCGAAGAUAAAAUGAAGUUACAAUAUUUCGUGUUUGGAUAUUUUUUAGCUAUUCUGGCAACAGGUCCAGUUGCUAGUGUGGCAACUUUAUCACAAAGUGCAGUAGACUACAUCGCCGAUAAUUUAGAACUUGAAGUAGCAGUCAGAGAUAAUCUCAAUAAAACUGAUGGCCAUGUUCCUGUUGAUGUACUAUUUCGAAAUGCCGGAAAUGAGACCAUACCCACAGCAUUUUGGAAAAUAUUUUUCUAUAAUCUUUACGGUGUAAGAGUGGAAAAUCUUUCGUGUGGUCUGAAAGUAGAUGAAGUGAACGGAGGGCUCUUUUACUUUGAACCAAUUCCGAACGAGUUUAAAGGAAUAGCGAUCGGAGAAUUCAUAAUUUGUACAUUCUUUAACAAACAUUGGACAGUAGCGAAAACAGACUUUUUCCUAAACUGGUACUUAAGCUCUCACGGGAGCAGACCAAAAAUAAUAAGAAGCACAAAAGAAGAAGGGAAAUUUGUCAAGGACUUUGACACUCCAGCGAAGUGGAAGAGAAGCAAUGACGAUCAAUGGAAUCCAUUCACACCGGAAGAACGGUACGAAAUUUACGAAAGAACCAAUAAACGGAGGAGUAAACACAGAAUUGUUCCAAAGCCACUUCAUGUUACUGAAAAUAAAAAUGAAACAUUUGCCUUUGACAGAAAAAGCUGGGUAAUCAUUCAUUCACGCGAAUUCCCCUUCGAAACGCAAUACUUAUCAGAUAAACUACAAGUACGAAAGGUAAACACCAAAACAAGAAACAGAUACAUUGAAAUAGUCAAAGAAAACACCGGAGAGCAGAAUGAUGAAGCAUAUAUUUUGAAUGUUUCACCAGAAACAAGAACCAUACUAAUAAAGGCUUUGACUCCAAAAGGUGCACUUCAUGGUGUUCAGUCUCUUAUAAGCAUCAUAGAAGGUCAUGAUGGUCCGCUACAUAAACUGGUCAUCAUUGAUAAACCAAGGUUUCGCUAUCGUGGUGUGUUGCUUGACACUGCUAGAAAUCUUAAACCAAAGACCUGGAUAUAUAAAUUCCUGGACAUCAUGUCUAUGUACAAACUUAACAAACUUCAUUUCCACUUAAGCAAUGACGAAGGAUGGAGGAUUGAAAUACCAAAAAUACCAGAACUAACUCAGGUUGGAAGUAAACGAUGUCAUAGCGACAUUAUCGGUGAAUGCUUGAUACCUCAGCUUGGUUCGGGCCCUUUUAGCAACAACACUGGUUCAGGAUUUUAUUCCGUUCAAGAUUAUCGGGACAUUCUUAAGUACGCCAACCAGCGUCACAUUGAAGUGAUACCGGAAAUCGACAUGCCUGCACACAGCUAUGCUGCCAUAACAUCAAUGAAUGCAAGGGAAUCAAAACUUAUUGACAUGAAAAAGAAUGGAAUGAAACACACACCAGAAUCAUACGUUUUGAGUGACCAAAGUGGACCUAGUAAUGUUUAUAGUGCACAGAGGUGGAAGCGGAAUGCUAUGAAUCCUUGCUUGAAUACAACAUAUAGAUUUGUAGAGACUUUGGUAGAUUCCUUGAUAGAAUUGCACAGACCAGUUCAGGCUCUACAAACAUUUCACAUUGGCGGCGAUGAGGUACCCGAAGGAGUUUGGAAUGACUCUGCUGCUUGUCAGAAAUAUUUAUGGAAUCACAACAUAAACACAUUUCAACUCCAAAAAAUGUUUAACAAACGUGUAUCAGAUAUAUUGGCCGAGAAAGGACUCAAUCUUGCAUUAGUAGGUGAAGCUGUCUAUGGCAAGAAUCCUACCAAAAGCGCAUUUUUCAAAAAUAGAAACAUUUUUGCCUAUCGUUGGGAUACCCGUGGAGAAAUUUUAAACACACCGGCCGACUUUGUAGAUGAUGGUUAUCAGGUAAUCUUGAUGCCAGCGACACAUCUAUAUUUUGACAUUACCCAAGAGCCUGAUCCUGAGGAAAGAGGUCUGUUUUGGUCAACACGAUACAUUGACGAGAAAAAGGUUUUUGGAUUUAUGCCCGAAAAUCUGCUGGCUAAUAUAAAUGUGGACCCCAUGGGCAACCCUAUUGACAAAGUUAAACUUUGUAAAGAGAAUAUAUGUCCAAACCAAUCAAAAUCAUACAAUGUCAUCGGAAUCCAGGCAAGUAUUUGGGCUGAAUUGAUGAGAAAUGAAGAACAGUUUCAUUAUAUGGCAUUUCCAAGAGUUCUUGUGAUGGCAGAACGCGCAUGGCAUAAGGCUCCGUGGGAAGAUAUAAAUGAUGAAAAACAAAGAGACAAACUAAAGGAAAAUGACUGGGACGAAUUUGUUCAAACACUCGGUUUUAAAGAACUACCAAGACUUGAAAACAGAGGAAUACUUCAUAGAGUUCAACCACCUGGCGCAAGACUAGAAGCUUGUGUUCUGAAGGCCAAUAGUAUGUAUCCUAACCACAUAAUAGAAACAAGUUUAGACAAAGGGCGAACAUGGGUUCAAUUUUGCGACAUGACACUGCAAGUCGGAUCGCAUUAUGUGCAGCUGAGAACGAGGUCCAUUAUUCUACAAAGAACGAGCAGGCCGAUUUAUAUUAAACUACAGGUAGAUGAGAAACCAGUAACAAAUAUGAAUAAUAGUGAAUGGGGUCAAAACAAAUGUUUAAAAACUGUUACUUUAAUAAGUAACAAUGAAUUUAGUCAGUCUCUAUCCUUUUGUAACACUAAUUGUAAUCAAUGCUAAAAUGUUUGUUUUUUUAUUUGGACUAACAUAUAUUGUAUUGAAUAGAAAACAUAUGGUUAUGUUCUGUCUCAAAAUAAGGAAAGGAAAACGACAUUAUACAACACUUAAGUUAAAAUUACUAUUGAACAGAUUCGAACACUUUGUUUAUUUUUUAUGAAAU